ACGUGAUGCAGUUCUAGGAAUAAGGUUCAAUCUCCAUUUCAAAUCUUAGACCCCAAGCCUUUGGACUGAAUCAAUCCUCGCCGCUGCCGCGCACUCAAAAAAAAGCGAGUCCUUCCGUUCUCUUGCUGCUUCACCAUGACUCUCGCCGUCGAUCUUCUCAACCCUUCCCCCGAACUCGAAAAACGCCAACACAAGCUCAAGCGGCUUGUGCAGUCACCUAACAGCUACUUUCAUGGAUUAGGAUGCUUUGCUAUUACCACCGUAUUCUCGCAUGCUCAAACAGUCGUCAUCUGCGGUUCGUGUGCCAGCAUUCUAUGCCAGCCAACCGGAGGUCGGGCUCGUCUGACGGAGGGUUGCUCUUUCCGUAAAAAGAACUAAAUGCAUACCUUCCUCAUUCAUAUUUGCUCCUCGCGUCUUUACAGCAUCUCCACGGCAUUCCACCAUGAUAUUUCGUUGCUCUUCCUUGUACCCAUCACACGUGUAUGCUUGAAUACAUGCCUAUAAUGCUUUGGUACCAGGAGUAAUCAAUCUCAGUCUGAUAUAUGAAUGUUACUCGCUAUGCUGUCUCGUUCCAACCUUUAUUCGGCGGGAGCGCUGGUAAAAAUGACUUGGAACUGAAAUCAUCAUUACGCAUUGAAUACGCUUCUGCGGCUAAUAAUUGAAGAACGCGCAAGGCGAAUGAAUACCAGGAUGGGUUACAUGCAUUUUGUGUACAUGUUCUUUCGAUGGUUCUGCGUGCUGCGCCCGCCAUAUCUGACUCGCCUUCACCUGUCCAAAGUUCGGUACCGGAUGCAAGACGCCGUCUGUUGACUCGAACUUGAUUAUUUUGGCGAGGAGAUUACUAC